CCUUCGGGGACCUAGGGAACUCCAGAGUGCUGGGCAUGUUGAAUCAAGUCGGCCCGCGGUCGUCGUCGCUCCCCAAAGAUCACAAGGACGACGGCACCGAACAGGAAAAGGCGGCUAAAGACAAACUAAACGAAAACGACAAGCUAACAUCAUCGCAAUCACUCGCGUCCGGCCUCGAGAAAACCAGCCCUAAAGCGGUGUCAAACUUCGACCUGACCUACCCAGAUAUGAAGCCGAAACCCGUCAACGGUUCCCAUGAAGAAUUCCUGCAAACUGAGCGAGUAUCCGAGAUUAAUAACUCUACGGACACUUUAGUACCACAAACGCAGGCGCAGAAAACCGGUGAUGACUUCAAGGCGAACAUGAACAGAAUAGAUUCCCACCAUAAUAACUUAGAAGCGCUGGGCAGGCAAGAGGUGCAUAAAUCAUGAAGAAAGUAAGUCCCCCUUUUUGUGAUGUGAACAGAUCGUCUGAUAGAAAAUGGUCGGAAAAACUUUACGAUGACGUAGUUUUUCUUAAAGUAAACACGGAUUGAAUCAAAUAAAAAUUAAAUAAUUUUUCAGCUACUCCUUUUUAAUUCUAUUUGACUAUUACACAUUUUGAAUUUGUUUGUUUAAUUCGUGUCUAUUGACAAUAAACGUACAAGUUUCGAAGUACGAAUCUGCCGUCCAAAGAAUUUAAAAUUAAGAUGCAAUCGUAAUGCAAUUUAGGCUUAUUAAAGCUUUGGGCGAAAGUUGUUUUAGAAUUUCUAAUCGAUUAGGUUUGUGAUAAAAAUUGUGACACGACUGAAUGAAAGGGUAUGAGGACAUCUCGUUUGAUUAUACUAAUUACUAAAGUAUAUCAGUAUUGGCGUGGCGUGUCGUAUGUUGGAAGUGUGUCUACGGCCUAACGUUUUGACCACUGCACAGUGCACUUUAUACACCUAAAAAUAUUUUCUAUCCCACGUUCUGUUAGUAUUUAUGACCUCGAUUUGUAAUUUCCUCAGCUUUAACUAAAUAGGUGUAAGGAAAAAAUAUCUUUACGAAUCUUUUUGUCUAUGGAAACGCCAUAGACUGAAAUAGUCUUGUUUGAUUUAUCUUUUGUACGUUCCUACAAGUUUAUUGUAACUGCAAAAUGAGUAUGUUUCAAAUUUCGCAACAAUAACAAGUGUAUUCGUGAAUGUGUAUUUAUUAGGCAUUUUACCUUUCUAGUAUUUGUGUUUUAUUCAUUAGAAAUUUCGUUAUUUCUACUCAUUUAAUGGCAGUCUAUUUACAUUGAAUAGAAUCGCUCAUUCCUUCAUUUUAUGUUCCUUCUCGACUUCGAAAAGGCAGUGUUUAUGCCCGCUGUUAUCGGUUCUUUUCUAACCAUAGAAAUUAGACAAAGACCGACGUAUUGGUGACGUCAUUAUGC